UAUUUUUUUGUUCUAAUUAUUUUUUAUUAUAUUUUUAUCAUUUUAAAAACAUUCUAAAAAAUGUCUGAAGAUAAAUUAGUGGCUACUGAUAUUUUACUGGAAUUUUUAGAAGUAGCAUUCAAUCAUAUCUUAUUUUUUAGAAAUUUAUAUCCCAAAGAAAUAUUUGUAAAAAAAAUAUAUAGUGUAGUUGUAUAUAUUUCUGAACAUCCUGAGCUUAAUGAAUACAUAAAAAAUGUAUUAAAUGCAAUUAGAGAAUUAGUGAAAGAGAAUGAAAAUAAUGUUAAAGCUGUGAAUCUAGUUUUUUAUAAUAAAAAAAGAGAGCCAAUUGAGAAAUUUGUUUUUGAUUUUAUUAAAUUACAAGCAAAUAGCACAGAAAAAGAUCCAUAUUAUUUAAAAACAGAAGAAUCAUUAAGAACAAUUUGUUUGAAAUUAUCAAUGUGUGAAGCAUAUUUGAAACCAUUGCCAGAAGAUUCAUCCUUCUCUAUUGAAAUUCAAACACAUGAAACUGCACAUAUUACUUUAAGUGAAAAUCCUCAUUGUGAAGAUUUUCCAUGGAUUAUCGAUGAAAAUGUUUUUGAAAUGACUAACAAAAAUUUACUUCCAUUGAAAACUAUAAAAACAGAUUGUCUAAAUUUGCAAAUGUAUGUUAUUGAAGAUGAAAAUAAAAAAUGCACAGAUUAAUUACAAUUGUAUGUAGUAAUCGAUGUAAUAAUUGAUAAUAUGUAUUCACUAAAUAAUUAUUAAU